UCACCACUGAAGAGCGAAAAAAUCGAAAUGUCAUCGUCACCACCCGCAUUUCUAAAUCGACGUUAACGAGCAAAAGAUUGGCACAAGUCGGAUCGCGGAGGGUUUAAAAGGCGUAAUAAUUGCCGACUUGUUUUGCAACGAAAGAAUCUGACGUAACGGAAUCAAAAGUCAAUUGGCGCAAUCGAUUGGUUUACGACUGGUGACGAUCUUCCCGAGAUUGAAUUCGAACGAGUUCGCCGCCACGGUAUCACGCUACUUUUCUGAUACAAGGAUCGCCGUUGCGAGACAUCGGAGAUGUCGGACGAAGAGAAGGAAGAGGAAAAGCCGUUCGCGGUGGACAGAGCGAAGACCGGGCGUGCGAAAUGCAAGAAGUGCAAGUGCCCGAUCGAGAAGGACGCGAUAAGAAUCGCGAAGCUCAUGUCGAACCCGUUCGGCGACGGGAAGAUGAAGGCGUGGCACCAUCUCACUUGUCUGUUCGAGGUAUUCGCCAAGCAGAGAGCCACUACCAAGAGAAUAGACGACCCUGAGGAAGACGUCAGCGGCUGGAGCGACCUGUGCGACGAGGACAGGGCUACGAUCCUCCAGAAAAUCGAAGAAUUCGAAAACGCGUCUCCGUUCAAGACCGGUAAAACUAACAAGCAGAAUGAACCGAGCGGCUCUAAGAAACGCAAGAGCAAAGAGACAGAACCUGUCGCGAAUAAAAAGCCAAAACGCGUCUCCGAACCGGAGUCGAAGAGCCCGGAGAAGGUGGAGAAACCGUCGAGGGAUGACGCGUUCGAGGAAUUUCAACGGCUGUGCGACCGAGUGGCCGGCGCAGAUGCCUACACCGAUAAGACUGCGAUCAUUAAAAGGACGUUGACCAAAGGAUCCGAGGCUGGCGGCUUCAAGAGCGACGUGAAACUCUGGUGCAGAAUGCUGCUACCCGGGGCGGUGAAGAGGGUGUACAAUCUGCAGAGCAAACAGCUGGUCAAGCUGUUCUCUCGCGUGUUACUCCAGGACGAGGACGAGAUGCUGGAGCACCUCGAGCAGGGCGACGUGGCCGAGACUAUUCGCGUUUAUUAUGGAAAAAGCGUCGCUUCGAGUCCGGCUCAGAAGAGCGUGCUCACCCUUCGAGAGGUGGACGAAUUCCUCGAGAAACUGUCGCUGAUGACUAAAGAAGACGAACAAGUCAAUCACUUCCGCUCGAUCAUCUCCAGAUGCACCGCGGACGACCUAAAAAUGAUCAUCCGGCUGAUCAAGCACGAUCUCAGGAUAAACACUGGCCCGAAACAUGUUUUGGCUGCGAUUCACGACCAAGCCUACGAGGCGUACCAAGCGUCCAGAGAUUUGGACUCGGUGAUCGAGAGAUGCACGUCGAGAGCCGGGGAAUCGUCGUCGUCGUCGUCGUCUUUGCUUGGAUCGUCGCCAAAAAUCAAAGCUACGCUCUCCUUGAUGACUCCUGUUUUGCCGAUGCUGGCAGAGGCUUGUAAAUCUGUAGAGAUGGCGAUGAAGAAAUGCCCGUACGGAAUGCUGGCCGAAGUGAAGUACGAUGGGGAGCGUGUGCAGGUGCACAAGAAGGGUAGCGAGUUUCGUUAUUUCAGCAGGUCGUUGAAGCCUGUCCUGGCCCAUAAGGUGAACCUCUUCAAGAAUUACAUCCCGGAAGCGUUUCCCGAUGGCGAUGAUUUAAUCUUGGAUUCGGAGGUCCUCAUGAUCGACGCACAGACCGGGCAGCCGUUACCGUUCGGCAGCUUAGGCAAACACAAGAAAGCUGAAUUUAAGAAUGCCAACGUCUGCCUCUUCGUCUUCGACUGCAUUUAUUACAACGGCGAACCCUUGCUUCACAAAUCUAUGAUGGAACGGAGACGAAUUUUAACGGAAAGGAUGACCGAGAUACCGAACAGGAUAAUGCUGUCGGAGGUGAAAGAAGUCCAUAGAGCGACGGACCUGGCGGAGAUGAUCGGGGAGGUCCUUAAGAUGGGCCUUGAAGGACUGGUUCUCAAAGAUGUGCACAGCAAGUACGAGCCGGGCAAGAGGCAUUGGUUGAAGGUAAAGAAGGAUUAUCUGUGCGGCGGCGUGAUGGCUGAUAGCGCAGAUCUCGUCGUGCUUGGUGCGUGGUACGGUACCGGGAACAAAGGUGGCAUGAUGUCCGUAUUUCUAAUGGGCUGUUAUGACGAAGAUCGUGACAAUUGGGUAACAGUGACCAAAGUACACACGGGUCACGACGAUGCUACCCUGGCGAUGCUUCAGGACGAGCUCGAUAUGAUAAAGAUAGGCAAGGAUCCGGCCAAGGUGCCAUCCUGGCUACGAGCCAACAAGCCAAUGACUCCCGACUUCGUCGCGCGAGAUCCGAAGAACCAGCCCGUGUGGGAGAUAACCGGAGCGGAGUUCACGAAUCAAGGCGUUCAUACGGCCGACGGUAUCAGCAUCAGGUUUCCACGUGUCACUCGUAUCCGUGAUGACAAAGAUUGGUCCUCAGCUACCACUUUGAACGAGUUACGGGAUCUGUUUAAAAAGAGGCUGGACUCGAUAGAUCUCAGCCUCUUGCUGGGAUCGAAUUCCACCAAGGAGGAACCGGUAGACGCGAAGUCGCCGAAGAAGAGACAGUGCGAUUCCAAAAUAACACUGAAAACUCCUUCGCCGAAGAAAAAGGAAGAUCGCGCGACGACCAGUUUUAGUAAAGACGUACAAGAGAAUGACAGUAUUCCGAAGGAGGAGAAAGCGGAAUGUUAUUCCUUCAUAAAUAAGCACUACAUAGAAUACAAUUCAGCCGGGAUACCGUUGAAUUGGAUCGAAGGACGAAAACCAAAGAACGGUCUUCCGUCAGACGCGAAACCUUUAUCCAGUCUGACGGACAACGAGUUGAAGUCAAAGAGCGUUUUGAAGGGUGCAGCAGUGGGUCUGGCCGAUGGUUUUAACACGAGCGAUAAGGAGCACGCAUAUAAAGUGCUCAAGACUCUCGGGGCGAAAGUGUCGAAGGAUCGAAAGUGGGCCGGGGUGGAGUACUUAAUUCACCCUUCCAAAGAGAUAUCGUCGACGGCUCUUUCCGAGUUCGAGGACGUCCCGAGAACGACGAGGCACGUGAGCAUUUCCUGGCUGGAGGCAACCGCCAUGGCUUCGGAAAUUCAACAACCGGAGGAGCACGCGGUUAAUCUGAUUUCGGAUUACUGUUCCUGUCCCUGCACCCACCGGUGAUUUCACGGUGCCUCGUCUCGACGAUGCGUACAGUGGGAACGAUCCAGUUGAUCGAUUAAUUCGCGAAUUUUGUGUAUCCGAAUUAAAAUUGUAAAUUAUGAAAUUCACGUAAUUGUAACCCGGCGAUCGGGUGUUCACGAAAUAAAAGGGAUUUUACUGGAA